ACCCUUUCUGCUAAAACUAAUCCAUAAUCUCCCAGCAAAAUUGCAUUAUUGGACUUGGUUGCUGUGUAACUGGCAACGAAUAUGACUUCAGUUCUGUUCAAAUUCUGUAAAGAUCUGCAAUGAAUAUUGUUUACCCAGCAGGUGGAUAUGACGUCACGGACAUGGAACAUCAGAAAAUAACAACAUCCAAAUCCGCGAUUCCGUUUUCUUUUAUAGCGCAUUAAAUUGUGAUAACAUUAGAAGGAGCUCGCUCUCUUAUUUGAGAUCGAAGGUGUUGUGAAACUCUAGAUUUUUCUCCGUGUAAUGGCACUCUCCUUGAAUGCAGCAGAGAUAUCUUCUCGUAGUUAAAGUUAGUCCCCCCCAAGCGGAGUAAUAUUGUUAGUAUUUACAGUGUGGUUGUUGCAUGCUUUCUUGGUACACAACAUCGCGUGUACAGUUCAUUAUCUCUAGCAGAGAAUUGUCUACUGCGGCCACCUACCAUUGUCGAUUCCGUGUCAUCUGUGAACUCCUGAUGAUCCCACCUCCAAAGAACCUAAGCUGAAUUCUCAUUGGAAGAAUGGAGCGCCAGUCUUUCCUACACGAGUGAACACGGAAGAAAUUAGGAGGCCUCACUGUCCGAGACCGAGUCAAGACUGAGGACAAAUGUAUCCGACACCUAGACAAGACCGAGACACUCAAUAUGUGGUCUUUUUUGCUUACAAAGGCAUAUUCAACGGUGGCUGUUUUGUGAAAUGAUCACAAUCAUCAUCCAAUAGACUCCAGUGGUGACCCCCUUUGGAUACAGAAAUCAAAGGCAAGGAGGCUGAAGUCACUACGCUGGAACUGAAGAUUGCUUUAAACAAGCAAGUCCUUCUAGAAGGUUUUUAAGUCAUGAUGCAAGAAUCUGGGACGGAGGCGACAAGCAACGGUCCAGCCAAUCAGAACGGAGCAGCGAGCGUGGAGGGCGGAGCCAGGGACGCGAGGCCCAGGAGCGUGACGACACCGUCGACGGUGGACAUCGCGGCAGCUGACCUGAUCCAUCUCCAGCAGCACCAGGCUCUCCAAGUGGCUCGACAGAUCCUUCUACAACAACAACAACAACAACAACAGCUGCAGCCUCAUCAAGGCACCGGUCUAAAAUCCCCCAAAGGCAGUGAGAAGCAGCCAAGUCUACAGGUUCCAGUCUCAGUGGCUAUGAUGACACCCCAGGUAAUAACUCCCCAGCGGAUGCAGCAGAUCCUCCAGCAGCAGGUGCUGAGCCCUCAGCAGCUCCAGGUGCUCCUGCAACAGCAGCAGGCCCUCAUGUUACAACAGCAGCAACUCCAAGAGUUCUACAAGAAGCAGCAGGAACAGCUCCACCUCCAGCUCCUCCAGCAGCAGCAUGCGGGCACGCAGAGUAAAGAGCAGCAGCAGCAGGCCCAGCGAUUGGCCUUCCAGCAGCAGCUCAUGCAGGUCCAACAGCUCCAGCAGCAGCACCUGCUUAACCUCCAGAGACAAGGCCUGCUUACCAUCCAGCCUGGACAGACCACCUUGCCCCUGCACUCGCUCACUCAGGGCAUGAUUCCAGCGGAGCUUCAGCAGCUGUGGAAGGAGGUGACGAACGUGAAGGAAGAGAACAGCAGCAGCAACAAUAGCCACCGUGGCCUGGACCUGUCCUCGCCACAACCCCCCAAGAACCCCCUCCUCAACCAACACGCCUCCACCAACGGACAGUACAUGAGCCACUCUCUGAAGAGAGAAGGAUCAACGGUAGACGACCAUCACCACUCUCACCACAGUCACCCGCUCUAUGGGCACGGGGUGUGCAAGUGGCCAGGAUGCGAGGCGGUAUUUGAGGACUUCCAGUCAUUCCUAAAGCAUCUCAACAAUGAGCACGCCCUGGACGACAGGAGCACAGCCCAAUGUCGGGUGCAAAUGCAGGUCGUACAGCAGCUGGAACUACAGCUAGCGAAAGACAAAGAGCGUCUGCAAGCCAUGAUGACGCAUCUCCACGUCAAAUCCACGGAGCCCAAACCCGCCCCACAGCCACUCAACCUGGUGUCCAACGUCACCCUGUCCAAAACAGCCCCCCCUGAGGCCUCGCCCCCUCUGAGCCUGCCCCAGACCCCAACCACCCCCACGGCCCCCCUGACGCCCCUGUCCCAGGCCUACUCCGUCAUCACCCCCAACAGCCUCCACCACAGCGUGGGGCCCAUGCGCCGGCGCUACUCUGACAAGUACAACAUGCCCAUUUCUCCAGAUAUUGUCCAGAACAAAGAGUUCUACAUGAAUGCUGAAGUCAGACCUCCCUUCACAUAUGCCUCACUUAUACGCCAGGCUAUCCUUGAAUCACCGGAAAAGCAGCUAACACUAAAUGAAAUUUACAACUGGUUCACACGAAUGUUUGCAUAUUUCAGGCGCAACGCCGCAACAUGGAAGGGUGCCAUUCGCACCAACCUUUCCCUGCAUAAGUGCUUUGUGAGAGUAGAGGAUGAGUUUGGGUCCUUUUGGACUGUUGAUGAUGAGGAGUUUAAACGCGGCCGCCACGUACAGCGAGGCCGCCCUCGGAAAUACACCGCUGAUGAGAACUUUGAUGAGCUGCUCGUACAAAGUCCAGCAUUAGUGAAGAACAUCCAGACCAGCUUGGGUUAUGGGCCAGCUCUCUCUGCAGCCUUCCAGGCUUCAAUGGCAGAAAACAACAUACCUCUAUACACUACUGCUUCCAUUGGAAGUCCCACCCUCAACUCCCUGGCGAAUGCCAUCCGAGAGGAGAUGAACGGAGCGAUGGACCAUGGAAACAGCAACGGCAGUGACAGCAGUCCAGGACGCUCUCCCUUGCCAGCUAUGCAUCACAUUAAAGAGGAACCGCUGGACCCGGAGGACCACGAAGGCCCCCUCUCCCUUGUGAUGACGGCCAACCACAGUCCAGAUUUCGGUCACCACAGAGAUUACGAUGACGACCAGGGCCACGAUGACAUGCUGUAAGGCCAGGCCCCCAGAGGCAGAACUAACCUUAGUCAUCUGUGAGAUGCCACGACGUCACAGAUAACACAGAUACAAGACUGCAGUCUCAGCCCACUGAUGACAGCUAUCAAAUGUUUCCAAUUGACUUUUAGUGCCAUUAAAUACAUAGUGAAAAACACAAGAACGAGAAUACAUCUCACUUGGGAGUAUUUUUGAUUUAUAUCUAGUUUUUGGUUUAAGUGAACGAAAAUAUGAAGAAAAAAAAAAAGAAAUUUCUACUCAACCUGCGUUGGAUGGACAUGUUUGGUACUGGGGACUUCUUGGUCAGUGUGGUGAUUUCAAAUCCAGGAUGGACUUGGACCUGCACUGUGCAGCCAGUAUGGACUGCAUGCAGCCACUCAACCACACUGAGCACGGACUGCUGAGGGGUUCUCUGUCUUUUUCUCUCUCUCUCUCUCUCUCUCUCUCUCUCUCUCUCUCUCUCUCUCUCUCUCUCUCUCACACACACACACCCACACACACAUAUGCCCAUAAACUCAAAGAGAUAUUGACUGACAUUUAAUUUACACUAUGUGUGUGUGUAUAUAUUUUGUUCAUGGUCACUGCCUUCAAAACUUCAUUGGUUUGCUUCCAUCUAGGGUGGGAAGGAUGUUUUUUGGCGUGUUUUGAGGGCGAGGGGUUUAAAAUAUAAAUGUAUGUCUUUUUCAUUGUACAUUGCUCUUUAUCGCAUUUGAUUUCUGUAAGUGAUCAGACCUCAUGCCCAUGCUGUGGAGAUUCUGUAUGGUCAGCACUUGAUGAAUGUUUAUAUGAUUUCCUUUCAUGUUGUCUCCAUGUUGUUGUUUUUUUACAUGAAGCAGAAUGUCAAAAUACCAAGUAGUAUUUUUCUGUCAUUUAUUCCACAUGCUUCAGAAUGCCACCUCCCUGACAUGUAGCCCAUCCCCACCCCAUCCACCCCCAAGCUCAUGAAGUCCAUCCGCAAUGCACUACUUGUAAUGAAGGCUCUCUCCGCGCAUCAAUGAAGUUUCAUUUAAGAUGGGAAUGAAUGACAGAGAAAUCAUGCAGGUUAUGAUUUACCCUCAUGAAAUGAUAUUUGAGAACAGCCCUUCACGGCAGUGCAUGUUAGCUGCAUCCACAUUUCUGAUCAUUCGCAAGCUCCCAGUUUUAGAAAGAAAAUGAAAUGUCAGGUGUGCAGGACAAAGAUAAUAUUUUAGACCAACUAAUUGUGAUUCCUGAAGACAACUGUCAUCGUAGAUCAAACGUGUCUAGUUUUCCACACUGUAAUUUCACUCAUGGAGGGAUUGUUUGGCCAUGCUUGAAGAUAUCAAAGUGCAUUCCCUAUAGUUGUCAUGUUUUUUACCAUAUGCAUGACCAGUUGGCUCUCUCAGUUUUGAGUGAUUAUUAAUAAUUACACACAUCAGAUUAAAUAUUAAUGUCCUUAAUUUAGGGAUAAUCCCAAAAUGGGCAAUAAGACCUGAUCAUUGCUUCAUUCCAGUAUUUGUCAGCCAUGUUACGGCCCCAGACGCCCACCCUUACACAAGGGAACUGAUGAUCUGGUUCCGUCAGAAGUCAACAUCAGCAGAACCCAAUGACCAAGUCAGAGUAGUGAUGUAGGCCCUGCAAUAGAGUGAAUGGGAUUGAUGCAGGGACUGUGGCGCUGUGAGGCUUAACACAAAUGGGCUUGAUCCUAGGUUUGGUAUAUUGAUAUGAAACGGAAUAUGCUCGUACAAAGACUCAGAAAAAGGACUUUUUAAAGACUGCAACCACUUUGCAUUUUUUAUUUAUUAUUAUUAUUUCAGUUUUUAGUUUUACUUUUGUAUUUAGUUGUUGAUGUGUCGGAUAUCUUGUUCUGUGACUACCAAAGAUAAACUACAAAGUAAAAACGAUGUUCUCUGUUUCAUGCAAUAGCAGAUAAGGCCAAAUAUCCUCCAUUGUCUCCCAUUGGAUUGUGACAGGAUCUAUUGAUGGAGUAUAGUCUCAGCUUUGUCAAGCCAAUGGCUCAUUGAUUAGAGAGGGCGCUCCUCAAGCAGUCGGACUGUCAUCACCUUUAAAGCCAAAGGGCUGUCUUGACGAGUACAGUAGCUGCAGGUCUUUGCAGUGACCAACACUUCAAGGGAGAUGCAGAGUCAGACAAACAUUAUGACCAAAUUAGGGGAGCAUGGUCUUUGGACCAAUGAGAGGGAAAGGGAUCACUCUGUCCAUCUAUCAGCAGCAGAUUACUGUGCAACAUAAGGGGAUGGAUAAAAGGAGAUGAUGAUAAUAACGAUGCUGAUUUGCCAGUAGACAGGAGAGCUUUGCAGAGAACAAUGUGAAAAGGAUUCUAUAUUUCAACUGGACCACACAAUGAUUAAAUAUUUUGUUUAAUUUUUUAUUCUUUAUGAAUUUGUACCCUUUCCAACGAUUGUAUGCCACUCUUUAGUGAGUCCUGCUACCUUGACGGGAUUCUACUGUUCUUUGUUAACAUUGGCAAGGCUUUAUGAUUGUGUUUAGUUUCUGUCAACGUAUUACUUUUUAUAUUAAAAAACACUCCUGUCAACUAAUAAGCUGGGUACAAGGUACUUUUAUGGCAGUUAUUUGAACAUUUCAUCAUGCAUUUCCUGUUACUAAUGAAAAGGGCAAUCUGUGGUUUUCAGAAAAUGUAUUUAAUAUCCAAUAGCAGGCAGCUGUGGGAUGGGUCAGUAACAGCCGGACUGGGAUCGUGAGAACAACUCGAUCUCAUCCAAAGCCAGUCUUUUGCUGAUUUGCUUGGUAUUCUAAAGGGGGGAAAGCUGGUAGAUUAGAACAUUCGCAGCAUGUGUAGCUUGACAUUACUAAAGAUAACAGCAUGAGAAAAUUGUUAGUACACAGACCUCAGUUCAAACCUAUAGGGAAUGAUUAAAUUAAGAGGAAAAAAUGUUUUUCACUCAGUUGAAUUUAGUUGUAUGUCUUGCAUGUGUAGUCUAAAACUGUAGUGAGUGAAAAAAUAUUUUUUUAAAGGAAAAAAAAACUGAUAAAGAAUACUACAUUUGAGCUUGUUAAUCUUGAGGGUCUCACAUCCUUUUUGCAAAAUCAAUCCAAACCUCAGGCCUUUUUUCAUGAAGAAAUCACCUAACUUUAUUUGAUCCUGUUUUUCACAAUCUAUUGUCAGUCGCUUGGUCGUGGGUUUUACAGCAGUAGGUUGUUAGUAUAGCCUUGUGUCUUUUUCUUGUCGUUUUCUUUGCUUGUUUCUUUCAAAGAUCAAAAAUACAUGUGUGUUAUUCUUUUUGCUUUAUCACAACUGCUUUGUGUUAACUAUAAAAAAAAGCUUUGAAAAAUUGCUGUAUGUAUUGGAAUAGAAAACUGUACUGCAAAUGUAUUUUACUUAGUAAUCCUUGCUUUAAAAAGUCAUACAUGCAGACAUCUGUGCGAGAUGGGCGGGGCAGGGUGGGGGAUUAUCCCAGAUUUUGGAUUUUAAACUGUAAAAUAGAAAACAGACUUUUCUCUGUUAUCAUUGACCUAAGGAUUUUGUACAGAUUUUGUUCUUCCUUGUGUUAAGCUGUUUUUGAUACUUCCUUUUGAUGGUCCAACCACUGCCUUCUGUGGCUAUAUGUUAAACAUUACUGCUCGGAGAAAGGGCAGACAGGUAUAUUUCCUCUACAAGACUGAGGUAUCUUGCAUGACUAAAUCCAGGGUCACAGAGAUGAGAAAUAAUAGUUAAGUGGUCAGUAAUAAUAUAAGGGUGUAUCAAUCUAAUGAUAUUUUAUAUGAAACUAAUAGGAAAAAUAAGAAAAAUAUGCAGUGCCAAGAUGUAGAGAGUAUUUGUUAAAUGCUUUGUUUUUAUUCCGGAGGAAUCGAUUAAUUCAUACAUACAUCAUCAGUGAUGUCAUCAUCAUCAGUCCAUCAUCAUUAGGUGAAAUACAUACCGUUUUUUUGUUAUAUUUUUAUCUCAACUGUUAUUUUUUCAUGAUAAGUAAAGCCAAGCACAUCAGGUAGCAGUCUUAAGUGGAGCACAAAGGUUAAAGGUUAAACGUUUGAUGUGAGUCAGACUGCACUCGUCCUUGAUAUACUGUAUGUUGAAUUUUGAACAAGAAAUAUCAACCCAAGUCGAGUAACCUUUUGACCUUGCUGUGCUCUGUGUAGGUGGCAUCAGAUUCCCCCUCAAGACACUUGUGGCCAUGCUAAUUUGCCACGGUUCCAUCAAUCAUGAUCCACCCCACUGUCGUUCACCACUGUGUUGUACCAUCGUCCUCUCAACCCGUGCCUCUGGCGGAGGGAGGGAGGGAGGGAAGAGGGUACGGCAGAGCAGCUGUCACGGUGCUUUAAUGUUUCAGCAGUUAGGUUAGUUCUCUGUUGAAGCUGUAGUCUGUAGUUUUCUGUUUAUUAACUAAAUAUUCUGCUCAUCACCUCUAUCAUCAGUCUGUAAUCUCCUCAUCAUUCCUGGUCUGUCUGAUGCAGAAUAUUCUGUUGUACAGUCAGUCUCGAUAACUGACGUAAGCAUUCUAAAAAUGCAAUAAAAUGCUGGUUGUUCA